UCUUAGGCUACAGCAUCGGCUUCUCUGUUGGUUCUGUUGUAUUUCCUUUUCCAGCCCUGUUGCUGAAGAUGUACCCCAAGGCCCAGUUCUUCCUCCUCUGUAGUUCUUAAGUCUUUCUUCUCAGGAGAUAAAUUCUACUUUCAACCCUUCCACUCUGGUUCUGUGUAAAAUCCACACAUCCAUCUCAGAGCCCUACUGGGGAGCCCCAGUUUGUGACUAUGCCUAAUAUUCAGGUGUCUGAUCGUCACCUCAAACUGUAAGCUUAAUCUUUUCUCCCAAACAUUCCCACCCUGCAGACUUCAGUUUUUUCUCGAUGGUGGUCCACAUCUGGCAGUCACCUCGAGGGUCCUCAGUCUUCCUGCUCCUCUGUGUGUCUGUCCCUUCUCCCAGCCCAGGCAGGUGUGUCCCAGGUUCUGUUGGGUCCUUGACAGCCUCUGGAGUGCACUCCUUCCUUCCGUCUGACCACCCAGGGCCCCUUCCUCUCACAGCUCACCCCACCGCCAGGUGUGGCACGUUCUAGAACCCAGCAGUCUGCCCUGUAUUCCUGCGGUUCCCAGGCUACUCAGCAUUGGCCGUAUGCUUCCUUGUUCUCCUGUUUAACUUUUAGUUUAGAUAGUUAGCUUCUUGAGGGCAGAGGUCAGGAGCGGCUUCUCUUCCUGUCUCCUGUCUGUUAGCACAGAGCUGAGUAGCUGUUUAGUAGAGUUCUCCGAUGAUGAUGAAAGUGAGCCAGAGGAUUCCCCCUGGUAAAAUUUGAGCAGACUCUGCCUCUGGGAAUGCCAGGACCUUAGCUAAAAAUUAUUGAGGACAAGGUAUGAGGCAAAGGGAUGGCUUAGGUCAGCACAGGAAAGCAGUGUUGGGACUUCCUGGUGAAUACAGGCAUCUCUAAAGCAUGGAACAUUAGUCGGCUCUGCUAAAUUGGGUGUUUGAAAAAAAUAGUGCCUUUUUGUGGAAUAGUUCUUCAUUGUCUUUCAUACUCAUUGUCCAGUGUUACUGUCCAAGAAGCCUGUGGAGAAGUACUAUUAUUGCCAUUUUAUAGAAGAGAAAACAGAAGCUUCAAAAUAUGCCUGACCAAGGCCAUACAGACCAAAGGGGUCAGAACCACAUCUCCAGCUCUGAUCUAUUCAUUACAGGCUCCCCUUCCCUUCGGGCAUAUCCUCUGCUCUCAGUGAUCACCCGGCAGCCGGCGGUUAUCUCCCACCUUGUCCCGGCCGCGCCGGGGAUCGCCCAGGCGUUGUCCUGCCAGGCGGUCCCGGUGGGCGAGGCGGUCCCGGGCGAGGCCCUGGGCGGCGAGGCCUUAGCCAGCAGCGAGUCGGAGGCGGAGCAGCCCGCGCCGCGGCAGAAGAAGCCCCGCCGGAGCCGCACCAUCUUCACUGAGCUGCAGCUCAUGGGCCUGGAGAAGAAAUUCCAGAAGCAGAAGUACUUGUCCACCCCGGACAGGUUGGACUUGGCCCAGUCCCUGGGACUCACUCAGCUGCAGGUGAAGACUUGGUAUCAGAAUCGCAGGAUGAAGUGGAAGAAAAUGGUUCUUAAAGGUGGACAGGAAGCACCCACAAAGCCCAAAGGUCGUCCCAAGAAGAACUCCAUCCCCACAUCAGAAGAGAUUGAAGCUGAAGAGAAGAUGAACAGCCAAGUCCAGAGCCAGGAGCCCCCGGAGCCCGCCCGGGGCCAGGAGCAGCUCUGUGAAGCACAGGAACCCAAAGCGGGCGACAUCCCCUUGGAGAUGGCAGAGCCGCCAGGCCAGCCCCAGGAGUUGCCAGUAGCCUCUUCCGAACCCCCUCCCGUUGAGCUAAAGUAAAGCUCUUCUGCGGGGAAGAGGGAGAUGGUGAGGAAGGGAAAAGAGAGAAGGCGGGGAGUAGAGGGAGAGAAAAACUUCUAGGGUAAACUGGAAGAGAACAACAGGCCCACCUGCCUCCCUCCCACCCGCAGUUCCAAUGGCCUUGUCAUCGCAGGCAUUUGAGGAAGACGUGCUCAUCCUAGGCCCUUCUCUUCUCAAAAGGCUGCUUUAGCCAUGGAUGCCCUUGACUAAGGGAGACAGCGCUUGGAGCUGCCUGCCCCAGCUGGGUGAUGCCUGGGCGCCUGGUCUGUGUCGCAAGGCCCGUCCUGGUGUGCAGUGAGGGUGCUCAGCUCGCUCCCCGCCGGCUCUAGGCAGCCGGCCAUCAACGCAGAGGCCCGUGGAGCCCUGUGGGGAGUGUGCGCUGGUUCCUCGCUGACUCAGCACUUAUUUCUGUAGUUUUAAAAGAGAAUGUAAUGUUUUUGGUUGUUUUCUGGGGGGGAGGGUGAGGGCGGGCAACAACAACAAAAAGAUGGGGGAAGGGAGUUCUGAGUUCUUAAGAAAUGUUUCUGAAUCAAGUUUGUUUGUUUGAAGACACGUGUGCCUUUGUACCCAUUAUAAGAUGGUCAUGUGAGCCAAGAACUGAUAACCCUUGUUUUUCUUGCUUCAUUGAAUUGCCAUCCCUGAAACUGCAAUGCAGAUAUGUUAAGAUAACUUUUAUUUUUUAAUUAAAAAUAAAUCUUUCAAAAGGA